AUGUAUAAAAAAUUAUGCAGCUCUUUUUUAGCGAAGGGCGUAACUGAUGUGCACUUGGAUUUUGCUGGUCUUUCAUUUGCAUUUUCUCUUUAUAGAACAAAACAGGUUACCAAGAGGCGACUUCAAAAGUUGGAACUUUUUUUCAAUUCACCAAGACGUAUUUUUCCAGCUGUUGUGAAGUUAUUCGACGUGCCGACCCCUGUUUUAAUGGCUAAAUCAAUUUGUCUGAAUGUUCCUUCGGUUUGCCUUCGCCGUGCGCUGAAUUUUGUUGGAAAACGUCAACUAGAAAUGUUCAGCGUCGGUCUUCCACUAGAUUUAUGUUCCAACAUUCGUCCAAACAGAACUCCCUACAAAGAUGUUAUAGAAAUUCUGGAUAAUAUGGGUCAUUUCGUAAAUCGGAACUGGGAACACAAAGAGGCUCGCUUUCAUGUAAUGGUGGAUUACUACGCUCCAGAAAGAGUUGUGCACUUAUCAAAUUUGGUCGCUGCAGCUUUUCCUGUUGCAGAAAAGAUUUCUUUACGUUUAGAGACUGCAAGGAUUCGUGAUAAGGAGUUUUAUAGUUUCCGACGUCAUAUGACUGAUAAGACGGUUCCACGUAAUUUAAGCGUAUUCGACCUUUCAAUAGACGCCCUUACAUAUCGGGUUCCUUCUGAACUGCCAGUUCUGGAAUGUUGUACUUUGGAAGAGUUUUAUUUAACCUUGUCUGGUAUUCGGCCGAAACUGACAAAUGAAAAUGUUAAAAUGGAUUUGAGCGUUAUGGUGAACAAGCUGAUGAACGCUACUGCUCUUCCGAGAUUGCACACGAUUAUUUUUAAGAUUAAUGCUGCGUUUUUAUUCGACCUAUGCGAAAUGUUUAUUAGCUCGUCUCAUACCGUUGGACAUAAUAACUCGAUUCGUACUCUUGGUCUCAUUUGCACAGAUGCUCAAACGCGUUGUUCUGUCUUAAUUAACAAACUGCACAGCGUUUAUAACGCGGUAGGGGGGCAUUUGGAACGCUUUAUCCUUGAUGUAAGAGUUUUGGGCAACUUAUCGAUGGAUGAUCUGUCCAAACUUCGCGACUAUAUGCCAAAUUGUAGGUUGGAAGCACAGUUGGGGCCAGAAGAUUGCAAAUAUAUUGACUUCGACAGAGGACAGUCUGAUGAUGAUUGCUACCGUUCUCCAAGUAACUCACCUCAUUUGGAUGAAGGAUUUGAUCGCCACUUGUGUUCGGAUUAUUCCGAUGAAGUAGUUGUUCAAUUUGAUGAAACCAGUAUGAUGUCCACAGGGGUUGACGAAUCGAGUCAGGGGACGGUUUUGGAUGGUUUAAGCUUGGUAGACGACACGAGUCAACCUUCUUCAAGCCAAGAAAUUUUGCUGUCUAAAGGUGCAGGUAAUCGAGUGCUAAGAUCUGGGCGCGAAAUAGGUCCUGGUCCCAGUUGCUCUUUCGCUCCUAAGGCUAGAAGACGACAGUCCCGAAAACCGCAGAAGUUGUUCUCAUCGGGAAGUGAUACUGACACUCUAAGCCCUAAUGAGUCUUCUGGGAAGAAACGAACAAGACGACGGCAAAAGAGAAUAACUUCAAGUGGAGAUGAAAGUGUUGACUCACAUGUAUUAGGGGAAAACGCGAGCAGACGAACGCUUCCUAAAAGAGGUGUUACUAGAAAAAGAUCAGUUGUGGACUUUGAUACUUCGAAUAAUUUCUCAGAUGCAACCGUUUCGUCGAAUUCUGAAGAAUGGUCGCCUAAUAAGACGAAAAAAACUAGGCGUUCUAGGAGAAGUCGUCGCAGCUAA